AUGUUAGAGACCUUGGUGAUAGCUAUUUCUAUCGUUGUAUUUGAAAAGCAAAAGAGCAAAGCAAAAGAGCGAAGCAAAAGAGUUGUAUACAACUAUUCAACGAUAAGGUCCACCGCUUUUGGCCUUAGCAUUCUGGCAUCAAACCCCUCCUUGUGGCCACCAAUCAUCGGCCCAAGUGGGAAGGCCCGAAAUUUUUAA